AUGUCCGUCUACAACAGUCAGCUGGAUGCCUUUGAGCUCUACCACAAGAUCCAGGAACAGAACGAACGACGAGGCCCCAGCACCGAUGGCAUAGGUCUUCCGGCCCUUGGCCAUGCUCUAGCAGGUUCUGCCGGUACUGCUCUGUCGCAUCUUAUCCUCUACCCUCUCGAUCUCGUCAUCACUCGUCUCCAGGUUCAACAGCAACUCAAAACACCCGGAGAGGCUCCCUCGGCCGCCAAAGAAGCAGAAGAUGCCGAAUACGCCAGUCUUGCCGACGCAGCACAAAAGAUCUACACACACGAAGGAGGACUGGAAGCCUUCUGGAAUGGCUGCGCGACCGACACGGCAAAGAGUGUGGUUGACAGUUUCUUGUUCUUCCUCGCAUACACUGCCUUCCGCCAGCGCCAGCAGAAGAAACUGGGUACCAAGUCUUUGCCCGUCUUUCAUGAACUCGGUGUUGGUAUAGCUGCUGGUGCUUUGUCCAAGUUCGUCACAACUCCUAUCCAACAAAUCGUUACCAGGAAGCAGACUGCCGCUCUGAUUGCCGCUAGAGACAAGACUUCCAGCUUACCUCCCGGUAUGGCAUCGAAACUCAGCGUGAAGGACAUUUUCCUGCAGAUCCGAAGUGAGCGUGGCCUAAAGGGUUUCUGGGCCGGUUACAGCGCGAGUCUGAUUCUCACGUUGAAUCCCGCCCUGACUUUUCUACUUCAAAAUCUCUUGAAGAGGACACUGUUGCCUCGUUCCCAACGCGACAAACCAGGACCAAAGGCCCUUUUCCUCAUCGCUGCCAUGUCCAAAGCCACAGCAUCAACAGUCACCUACCCCUUCAGUCUAGCCAAAAGCCGCGCUCAAGUAUCCCGUCCCAUGGCAGAAGAAACACAACGCAAACCACCCGCCUACCUUGAGAAACCAGAUCUUUCUUCCGACUCCAAAAUCACAGCCCGCUCCAAGAAGGUUCUGCGUCUUGUCUUCUGGCAACAAAUUCAACAAUUGGCAAUCUUCCGCUCUCUGGCCAACAUCUACAACACCGAAGGCAUCAAAGGCAUGUACAGCGGUCUGGACGCCGAAGUCAUCAAAGGCUUCCUCGGACACGGUCUUUCCAUGGUGCUGAAAGAGCGCAUCCACGUCUUGAUCAUUUCGGCCUACUACACCAUCCUCAAGUUUACAAAGCAGUGGCCCCACGAUCUCGGGUCUGUAGGUGAACAGGCCAAGAAUGAAUUCGAGAGGGUCAAGAGUGCUGCAGUGGACAUGGCGGAGAGUGCUGUCGAGGCUGGCAAGGAUGCGGGUCACCGUGUGCAGAAUGUUGGCGAGACUGUUGUUGAAGGCGUCAAGCAUGCUGUUGAGUCUGGCAGCACUGGCGUUGGGGAGAGUGUACAGAGUGUCGGCAGCAAUGUUGGCGAGAGGCUGCAGAAUGUCAGCGAGACUGUGGUCGACGGGCUCAAGAAGUCGAUCAAGACGGAAGAGUAG